AUGACUACUGCAGAUCCUUAUUCUUUUCUUAAAGACUUCUUGGCUGGAGGAAUAUCUGCAGCAAUAGCCAAAACUUCUGUAGCUCCUAUAGAAAGAGUGAAAUUGAUCCUUCAAGUUCAACAUAUAUCUAAGCAAAUGGAUCCAGAUAAACGUUACAAAGGGAUAAUCGAUGCCUUCGUAAGGAUACCCAGAGAGCAAGGUUUUCUGAGUUUCUGGCGAGGAAAUUUUGCCAAUGUGAUUCGGUACUUUCCAACCCAAGCAUUGAAUUUUGCAUUCAAGGAUAUAUAUAAAAAGAUAUUCUUAGAGGGGAUUGAUAAACAUGAACAAUUUUGGAGAUAUUUUGCUGGAAAUUUAGCAUCUGGUGGUGCAGCAGGGGCAACAUCACUUGGUUUUGUUUAUCCUCUUGAUUAUGCCCGAACGAGGCUAGCUGUGGAUGUUGGCAAGGGACCUAGCGAGCGUAUAUACAAAGGCUUAUUAGAUUGUAUCGUUAAAACAUUUAAAAGUGAUGGAAUAGUUGGGCUGUAUAGAGGCUUUAUUGUGUCAGUGGAAGGAAUUAUAAUAUACCGAGCUUGCUACUUUGGCUUUUAUGACACUAUUAAAGCCCAUAUGCCUGGUGAAAUGAAGAAUACUCCACUCAUCAUUGCCUUUCUUAUAGCUGAGGCGGUUACAGCAACUUCGGGUAUAAUAUCUUACCCAUUCGAUACAGUCAGGCGGAGGAUGAUGAUGCAGUCAGGUUUGCCUCCCGAUCAGCGAAAUUACAAAAAUACUGCUCAUUGCUGGGUCAAAAUCGCUAAAGAUGAAGGUCUUAGUGCAUUUUUUAAAGGAGCUUUGUCCAACGUUAUUAGAGGAACUGGAGCAGCCCUCGUUCUUGUUCUCUACGAUAACGUUAAAGCACUUUUGUUUGGGAUAUAG